GCGCUGUCUUCGCCUCCUUACAGCCAGAGACCUACCAUGAAUGUGGCAUUUAUUGCUCUUACAGCCGCGCUUUUGGCUGCGAAUAGCGGCUUCUGUUAUUCUAGCAGCGUCCCGUCAUUCAUCCUGCCGUUUACUGACUGCGUCCAGAGCCGUGGGAAAGACGGUUUCUACCGGGGAGCGAUAGACGUCACCGAGUCCGGCACCCGUUGUAUGAACUGGACCGAAGUGGCCGGCUUCAAGGAGCGCUACCCGGGCAAAGGAGUUGGAGAGCAUAACCACUGCCGCAACCCGGACGGCAGGAUCCGACCCUGGUGCUUUUUUAGGAACCACAAAGGCAGAGCUGACUGGGGCUAUUGCGACUGUAAACAAGGCUCUGUGCGUUUGCAAGGAGGCCGCACCAAGCUAGAUGGCAGGGUCGAAAUCUAUCUUGGAGGAGUGUGGGGGUCUGUCUGUAGCGAUGACUGGGGGGACGAAGACGCUGCAGUGGUUUGCAGACAGCUGGGCAAGGGGAUCUCAGGUCGUGCACGUGCAGUUCCCCUGUUUCAUCCAAGCAUGGCCAAACUCCAUUGGAGGGCAGUCCAUUGCCAGGGAGAGGAGUCAGACCUGCUCCAGUGUCCUAAGACUGUGUGGAAUGGAGGGGAAUGUAAUCUGGCUGCAGCCAUCACUUGCACACAGCAGCAAGAAGUGGCGCUCCCUAUAAGGCUGGUGGGAGGUGCAUCGGGGUCAGAGGGCACAGUGGAGGUCUUCCAUGCGGGGCAGUGGGGGUCCAUAUGUGACGACCAAUGGGAUGACAGUGAUGCAGAGGUGGUGUGUCGACAACUGGGGCUGAGCGGUGUAGCGAGGGCAUGGGGCCAGGGACAUUUUGGCAAGGGUUCAGGCCGUGUGCUGCUGGAUGAGGUACGAUGCACAGGCAAUGAGCUCACUCUGGAGCAGUGUCCAAAAAGUGCCUGGGGGGAACACAACUGUCAGCACUCUGAGGAUGCAGGAGUGUCCUGCAACCCUCUUACAGAUGGCUCUCUUAGGUUGGUUGGGGGCGCAACCAGCUAUGAGGGACGUUUAGAAGUAUUUUACCGUGGUCGGUGGGGGACAGUGUGUGAUGACGGCUGGACAGACUCUAACACACAAGUAGUGUGCCGACAACUUGGUUACAGAUUAGGUGAGACUCUCCUUUCCGAAGGAUUAGACAUCACUCCAGUCCCGCGCUUCGGGGUGGGGUCAGGUCCCAUUCUCUUGGAUGAUGUGAGCUGCACAGGGAAAGAACCAAGCAUAUUAGUGUGCAACAGGAACGAGUGGCUCCGGCACGACUGCACACAUCAUGAAGAUGUUAACAUCGCUUGCAGCCCUGGUCGCAAUGGAGAGAGUCUUCCAAUGAGUAUGCCGGUAAGACUAGUGGGAGGAGAGAGUCCUAGGGAAGGUCGGGUGGAGCUCUAUCUGUCCGGGCAAUGGGGGACCGUUUGUGAUGACGGAUGGACUGACCAUGACGCUGAGGUGGUAUGCCGGCAGAUGGGAUACAGUGGGGUGGCAAAGGCCCGUGUGAUGGCGUACUUCGGGGAAGGGACAGGACCGAUCCACGUGGACAAUGUGAAGUGCAGCGGCGAGGAGCGUUCGUUGGCAGACUGCAUCAAACAGCCACCCGGCACACACAACUGUCGCCAUAGUGAGGACGCUGGGGUCAUUUGUGACUAUGGUGAAUCUCAGCACAGCUACCAAGAGGUGAAAGAUCCUGUCAACUCAAUCUGUGGUUUGAGGCUUAUACACACUCGCCAGAAACGAAUUAUAGGAGGAGAAAACUCUCUGAGGGGCUGGCCAUGGCAGGCCGCGGUUCGGUUGCGAGGAUCUCGUGGAGACGGGAGGUUGGUGUGUGGAGCGACUCUGAUUGACAGCUGCUGGGUCCUCACAUCAGCACACUGCUUCAAGAGAUAUGGAAACAGCACCAAGCAGUAUAAAGUUAGAGUGGGCGACUACCACUCCCUUGUGCCUGAGGAAUACGAAGAAGAGUACGGUGUUGAUCAAAUCGUCAUCCACCCAAGCUACCGGUCCCAAAGCAACAAUUACGACCUUGCCUUGGUUCGUCUGUCACCUGGGGCAGUGGGCCAGAUGCCGGGAGAGUGUGUGUCAUUCAGCCGUCAUGUUCUUCCUGCCUGUCUGCCCAUGAAGAAAGAGAGAGUGCUCAAACAAGCCAGCAACUGUCACAUUACCGGCUGGGGGGAUACAGGUCGCUCAUACUCCAAGACCCUUCAGCAGGCCCCCAUAUCCCUACUGCCCCGUCGUCACUGCCAGCAUCAUUUCCACAGCGCCUUCACAAGCCGCAUGCUCUGCGCCGGCAGCAUCCAGUCGGAGAGGCGUGUGGACAGUUGCCGUGGUGACAGUGGAGGUCCGUUGGUGUGUGAGCGUCCAGGAGGGGGUUGGGUGGUUUACGGGGUCACAUCCUGGGGUCAUGCUUGCCGGACACAACAGUCCCCUGGCGUCUACACCAAAGUGUCUGCCUUCAGCCCUUGGAUACGCAAGGUGAUUACACGUGAUGACCAAAAAGAGAGAGGACGAUAGAAGGACAAUUAUAUAUUGAGAAGAAUCACACUUAAGACUUUCUUUGUCAGGUGACAACUGAUACAACAAUAUAGUUCAGUCAUGAAUAACUGAUGUCAUGAUGGUAUCACCUGAUAAUCCGGGGAUGUUAGUUACAACCUGACUUUCAAAUUAAAAGCACAAGGCAACGCUGGACUUUUUCCACUUAGAAACUUUUUUAAUAUUUUUGGGAGAGAGGAGGGUUAUAAGCACUUAUGUAACUGAUUUAAUAUCGUCUUGAGAUGCAAGAUUUUGAAUUUUCUUCAAAUCUCAACCUAAGAGAAUGCAUCUAUGUAACUUAAAUAUCUUGUUUCAUGUGACAUUGCAUGCUAAACUUCUGUGCUUGCUUUUACAAUUAAAUUAUUGUGUAACUUAUGAUAUGCAAUAUGUGAUUAAAAAAGGUUGAAAAGGGACCACAGUUAAAAAUAACAACAUACUGUUAACAUGUACAGAAUUAGCCACGCAUUGUAUGGACUUGAACACUUUCACAAAGAACCCCCUUAGGUACUUAUUGCAUAUUAUCUUGUGCUUUUGUGUUUAGCAUUCUAGUCAUAUUGACAUUUGCCAAACUGAAAUAUGUAAUUCGACCUCAUUUUAUUAUUGUUUUUUUUUUCUCUGUGCUCAUUGUUUUGCUGUGUAAAAAGCAUAUUUCAGGUCUUAGUUAUUUCUCAGGCAUUUAUAAGUUGCAUGCAGUCAGUAUUUCUCCGUGUCUCAGUGCCGCUUAACAGAGGAAGAAAGGGACAAAAGUGUUUCUGCGUCCAAGCACAUUAUAGCAAGUGUUGAUUUGUCAUAUCCUCUUCUAAUUCAUGAGCUUUUGUUUUGGCGGGGAUAGUAAAGUGUUGUUGUUGUUAAAAAGAGACAAUCUGGUACACUUGAAAAAACUACACUGCCCUCUUUUUAGGUGUAAACUGACUAUGUGUUAUGUUGUAUUGUACUGUAACAUUUCUUUAUAAAUACGAUUUUGUAAAACAUGUU